UGAAUUUUCUAUUACUCCGGAUAAUUACGGUGGUCUCCCCUCGUGAGCCGCUCGUCCGCAGCUUCCGCUUCCUCCUUCGUGUACAGCAGCGAUCAUGAUGCGCAAGGUGACCUUCGAGCUGGGCCGCUGCGUCCGCGAGACCGGCCAGGCGCUGGACCGUCUCGGCCUGCGCGUGCUGAACGACAACUCCUUCAAGGAGAAGUUCUCGCGCCACCGCCAGGUGAUGGCGCUGUACGACAAGCGGCCGAAGAUCGCGCAUGACGUGUGGGUGGCUCCCAACGCGACUGUCGUGGGCGACGUGGAGAUCUGCAACGACGCCUCGGUCUUCUACAACGUGGUCAUUCGCGGAGACCUUAACCAGGUGCGCAUUGGCAACCGCACGAACGUGCAGGACCGCACUGUUAUCCACACGGCCAGCUCCACUAGCCCCGGCCUGGCUCCUGGCGCUAACAUUGGCAACGACGUGACUAUCGGCCACGGCUGCACGCUCUACUCGUGCACGAUCGAGAACAACUCUCUUAUUGGCAUGGGCUCCAUCAUCCUGGACGGCGCCCUCGUCGAGUCCAACACCAUCAUCGCGGCCGGCAGCGUUGUGCCUCCUGGACGUCGCAUCCCGCCCGGACAGCUUUGGGCUGGUAACCCUGCCAAGUACGUGCGCGACCUGUCGGACGACGAGGUGGCCGACAUCACCAAGCAGGCCAGUGAAUACAAGAGCAUCGCCAGCACCCACAGCGACGAGUUCCUUCCUUACGGCACGGCCUACCUGGACGCCGAGAAGAUCAAGGCCGCCGGCGGCCACCUGUAGAGUGUGUCAGUCUGUCUUCCCUUCCUAGUGAGAGGGAGAGCUCGCUGUAUGCAUUGGAAAAAAAAUGAUCAUGCAAAAGCAAAAUACAAGCCACAAACAAUAGUACUGAGGGCGAUGGAGCAGCUGUGCUUGGAUUUAUUUACUCGUCAUCAGUGUGUAUCCUCCUGCGUUUCUGCUUCUUCUGGCCGCGCUUCUUGAAACUCACGUUCCCGUUCGUAGUGAUGUUAAUCUCCUCACGAGGGGCAGUACCAGUUGAUUCACUAGCAGUAUCGUCAAUAUUCACACCUUUAUAGCUGCCUCCCCACGGGUUAAAUGCACCCAGAGCAUUGUCACCUUGCGACGAGAAAUCUUCAAGCGCAUCAAGUCGCUUCUGCUCGUCGGCAGUGCGCUCCGCUUCAGCCUCCGCUUCGGCUGCACGUUUCGCUACAGCUUCGGGGCUUUCGUCGAUCUGUCGCACUUCCACUGUACUCCACAUGCCCAUGCCGGUGGUCUCGUCGAUUAAUACCGAUGGCUUUGAGUUUCUAUCUGUCGCGU